AUGGAAAAAGUCAAUCUAACCUCCGGUUUUAUCCUCCUUGGCUUCUCAGACUUUCAAUACAACCAUGCUGUCCUCUUCUCCGCCAUUCUAGCUAUAUACACACUGACCUGGGCUGCUAACUUUCUUUUACUAAGUUCUAUUAAACUUUCUCAGCAGUUGCACACGCCAAUGUACUUUUUCUUAGGGAACCUGUCAGUAGUGGACAUCACUUUCUCCACAGUGACGGUUCCCAAGCUUCUCUCCUGCAUUCUUCAUGGAGCAACUUCCAUCUCCUUCCUUGGCUGUUUCCUACAGAUGUACUUCUUCGUGUUUCUUGGCACCACUGAGAUUUUUCUUCUGUCAGCCAUGGCAUUUGAUCGAUAUUUGGCUAUUUGUAUUCCCUUAAACUACAUACUGUUAAUGAAUGAUAAGGUAAUGGUCAUUCUGGUUAGUACCAGCUGGGUGGCAGCUUCUCUACAUUCAUUAUUGCACACUUAUAAUCUAUCACAUUUAACGUACUGUGAGGACAGACUGAUCCACCACUUCUUCUGUGACGUGACCCCCCUCAUCAAACUGUCCUGCUCCAGUACUUCACUAGCUGAGCUCCUAAUAUUCACUGAAGGUUCUACGGUUGUCAUUAUUCCGUUACUUUUCAUACUCAUCUCCUAUGUGCUCAUUGGAUGGGCUAUAAUGAAAAUGGAAACUAGGAGCAGCCGGAGCAAAGCCUUUUCCUCCUGUUCUUCUCAUCUUAUGGUCAUUUGUCUGUUCUAUGGUACUGACAUUUUCAUUUACUUCCGCCCCUCAGACUACUCCUCCCAGUAUGAUCGCAUUGUUAGCAUGGCUUACACCAUCAUCACACCUAUGCUGAAUCCUUUCAUAUACAGCCUAAGGAACCAAGGUGUCAAACAGGCUCUGAAGAAACUCUUCGUGCAAUGA